GAUCAAGAAACUGAGAAAGUGUACAAUUAUUCUGCCGCAUGGUACAGUGGCCGCCGCCUACUUAAUCAGGCUCAGCCCUCCGGUCCUAGGAUGUACGGAAGUUAUUAUCGAUAGAUAAUAACUAAAACACGCCGCAACCCAAACAAAUAAAUUAGGCGUCGCUACACCACCACCCCACCAAUCGAUCUACGUACCGUAACUGAGAACCCUUUAAGAAGGAAUAUAUUCCGUUAUAUACCAUUCUAUUAUACUUCGAAGGGGUCUCUUCAUAAAACCCAUUUUCCAGUCACCAUGUCUACUCCAAUGUCCGAUGGCUCCCCGGCCCAAGAAUCCGAGAACCCUCUCCUCCGCGCCUCAAAUCCGAUGGUCUCUGAUCUAGAACAAGAAGUUCUAGAUGAAUACUCUAGAUUACUGGGCAAUGUAAAUAAGCUAUCUGAAAAGCUCGCUGACCUCUCCGGCGAUCCCUCAUCCCUUACUCUGGACGGCCUUAGACUUCUUGAACGGAAGACGGCGACGGUCUGCACACUAUUGAAGGCUAGUGUGUACAGCAUUGUGCUCCAGCAACAGAUCUUCAACGAGAAUGAGGAGCAGCAACAGAUGGAGCAGCAGGGUGAUCAGAUGCAGUAUCAUGAUCAGGGGUAUGAUUAUCAGGAUGAGGAUAUGAGCUUUGAGGGGCGAUUUGCUUGAUAUUGGUUACCUUUGCUUCUGUGAUUAUCGUACGAGGGGCUUCUUUUUUGUUUCUUUUCUCUUGCAUAUAUAGGUGUGGGCCAUGGGUAUACCCCCUUUGUUUUGGUAUGUGGGUUUUGGUUGGCGUGGUGUUGGGCUUUGUGGGUUGAUUGAUUAUGGAACCAGGAACUGGAUUGAUAUGAAAUACUAUG